AUGGGUGAAACAAAUGGAUCAAGCACGCCUCUUGGCGAUCUGAACAUCAACCCUGGCCAGGUGCGCCCCGGAGGUGCGCCCGCACGCGUCUAUCUGAACGAGAAAGUUGUGCCGCAUCUACUCGAUGGAAUGAAGUCCGUCGCAAGAGAACAACCUGCAAAUCCUCUCCGCGUGCUCGGCGAGUUCUUGCUUCAAAAAAGCAAUGAAUUAGAGGGUGAGGCCAAGAAGGAGUCCGAGUAG